AUGGACAUGACAGGAGGAGAUAUGGAUGCCACCACAUUCGAUAACCGCGGCUCAAAUGCCAAUCAAAUGCCGCAAGCGUUUGGGGCCUCCAACUCGGAUGGUUCUCCCCUUACAUCAUCCCACCCUGGAACAGCUUUCGCGGAAGAUAAUAACGAUGCAAAAAGGAGGAGGAUUGCUAGAGCGUGCGAUAUGUGCAGGAAGAAGAAGAUAAAAUGUGAUGGGAAAAUGCCAAAAUGUUCGCAUUGCAUAAACUACAAGUCCGAGUGUAUUUUUACGCAAGUGGAAAAGAAACGAAAUCCCCCUAAAGGGGCAAAGUACAUUGAAGGCCUCGAGAACCGACUAGGCCGUAUGGAAUCAUUACUUCGGCUGUCUGGUCUUUUAUCCGAGACUGAUGCUAGAAAGACCGAUCUAGGAGUACUGGAGAAAAGAUUGGCAGACAGAGCAGCGUCACCGACCUCACAGCAACAGCAACAGCAACAGCCGCAACCUCCCAAGGCAUCGACCAUACCUCCUACUUACAAUGCCUUUAUGAGCUCGUCGGCGUCGCCUUCGAAUUCUACUCCCCGUGGUGACUUGAAUGCUAGUCCGAGAGCUUCAUCAGCUGCAGGCUCCCCAGAUUCCCAAAAAGAGUCAGAGGCAGAGGUUGAUUCCCUCUCAGAUAUGAUGUGCUCUUUAGUUACAAAUAACUGUGGAGAAACGCGAUAUAUAGGAUCCUCCUCUGGGUUCUCAAUAUUCUCGCCCAAAGGCAUCCAGUGGGUAAAUGAGAAAACGGGCGAUUCCUCUUUCCAACAUAUGAUCUCAUCUGCAUGUGUGGAUGAUAACAAAUGGAUAUACUGGAAACCAGAAAUAUUCAGCGACAUAUUUGCCCGUCGGGUUUUCAAACCUUUACCACCUAAGGAAGAGGCGCUAUCUCUCUUCAGGGAUUAUUUUGAAAAUUUCAAUUGUAUAUUCCCUCUUUUCCACGAGCCUACUUUUAUGCAUCUAGUUGAGAAGCAAUAUUCAAGAGAUCCCUACGAGGGCUCUGGAUGGUGGGCUAGCAUCAACGUUGCUUUGGCAAUCGCCCAUAGGUUACGGGUAAUGAGCAACCUUGCUCCACAGGAAGAAGACAAAAAGGCGUGGCUUUACCUGAAGAAUGCCAUGGGCGUGCUCACAGAGCUUACCAUGAGAAAUACAGACCUCCUAAGUGUACAGGCUUUGCUUGGAAUGGCAUUAUUUCUUCAAGGAACACCAAAUCCUCAACCUUCCUUCUUCCUUGUUGCAGCCGGAAUCCGUCUCUCUCACAGUAUAGGUCUACAUAAGCGCUGUUCAGGCUUUGGUCUAAACCCUGUGGAGCUUGAACAACGGAAGCGUGUCUUCUGGAUCGCCUAUAUCCUAGAUAAAGAGUUCAUGGAAGUUUUUACAAUUACUAACAUUGUUAAAAGCAUCUGUCUCCGAUCCGGUCGUCCUCCUGUACAAGAUGAUGACGAUAUGAAUGUAGAGCUACCCAGUGAAGAUCCCCCUGAUAACAUCGGCAAUGUUCCUCUUUCGGAUAACAAAGGGAAAAUCAAUCUGUUCCGUCUCAUGUGCAUAUUUGCAACUAUUGAGAGCAGGGUUUACAGACAAUUGUAUUCGACCAAAGCAUCUCGACAGUCCGACGGUGAACUUCUCAACACUAUUGGCGAGUUGGAUCAUGAACUUGAGGAAUGGAAGAAUAGCAUUCCUAUAGAUUUCAGGCCGGAACACGAAAUAAAAACCACUCACAGGCCUCUGAUCUUGCCCAUCGUUGUUCUUCAUUUCGCAUACUACAAUUGCCUGACGACUAUACAUCGAAUGUCCGUUCAUCACGGGUAUUGGACAAGUCGUCUUUCAAACUACGCCAUACAAGGACUAAAUGCUCGACCACUGAACCCUCGGGUGUUCUCGUCUGCUAUACUCUGUGUUUCAGCUGCCCGAGCUUCGAUUAACCUGAUUAAGUACAUUCCGCAGGGCGAUUUUGCUUGUGUAUGGUUGAUUCUCUAUUUCCCUAUAUCAUCCUUGGUAACACUUUUUGCCAAUAUCUUACAAAAUCCGCUUGAUGCAAGAGCUCGAUCGGACGUUAAAUUAAUGAACCUUGUGGUUAACUUCCUCUCAAUGCUCGCUACUGAUGAAUCAAAUGGUAGCGUCAAACGUAUGCUUAGCGUCUGCAGCGAAUUCGAAAGAAUAGCGAAGGUGGCUUUAGAUCGAGCCGAGAAAGAAUGUCAAUCAAGGCGUAAAAGAAAGACAAGUGAUGUACAACAGCAGCAGCAACAAGAGCAGCAACAGCAGCAGCAUCAACAACAACAACAACAACAGAAGGAGUCUAACAUAACGCCGCAUGUCAACGAUAAGGAUACCCAGCGUCCUCAGACACAGAUGACAGAGAAUCCCACAGUAUCAAACGCCCAACACCAGCCAUUUACUUCACCAUUCCCGGCCCACAUUAAUAAUAACAUAUCAAGCGCAUCCUCAAGUACAUUCCCAUCACCUCAGACAUCGUCACAGAACGCAUUUGAUACAGUGAUAAAUGAGGAUAUUUCAGCCGCACAAUUGAAGAAUACCGCAAGAUUUAACCAGGAGCUAAACGAUAUCAUUGGUGGCCCUGGGUUAAACGUCAACCCUGGAAUGUUCAGCGUCGACCAACAGCUUCCUAAUGAGUCAAUGCCCCUGGAUGUCUCCUCCUUCCAGCAGCCUUUUGUCCCACAAGAUUUAUGGCAGAUGCCGAUGACCCUUGAAUGGGACUGGGCAGACAUGUCGAAUGGCUUUCCAUUUGCUAAUGGGGCUACAGAGUAA